AAAUGAAACAGCACUUGAAGAACUCUGCACAACAUGGGGCCGACAUUGUCACCAACUUGUGAAGAAUUGUCCGGAUCAAUUGAAAGAAAAUAACAAUGAUCAAAACUGUGAAAAACUCGAUGAAAAAUGCAGGGAUACUUUUGAAAAGUUGAAAGCGAAGGAUGAUUUGACUCAUCUGUUGAAAGGAAAUUUAAAUAAUGAAGAAAAAUGUAAAGAAGCAUUAGGAAAGAAUUGCACUGAGUUGAAAAAGAAUCAACCAUUCAAAAUUCUGCUUAGUGAUUGUGAAAAAGAUAAGCAAAAUGUUUGCAAAGAAUUAGUUGAAAAACUAAAAAAGAGAUGUCCUACUUUAAAAGACGGACUGAAUAAAGCGAAAGAUGAGUUGACAAAGAUGAAGGCUGAGUACGAUAAGGUCAAAAAGGCGGCAGAAGAUUCUACGAAGGCAGCUAGCUUAUUGCUAUCAAGGCCUAAAAAAGCCGUAACACCAAGUGGACAGGAUAGCAAUGGUUCUGUACCAGCACAGGUACAGCCAGCACCAGGAGAGUCACCAGACUCAUCAUCAGGGUCGCCAUCAUCACCAUCAGCACCACCAUCAGCACCACCACAAAAUGGAACACCAGAUACAUCAAGUGGAAAGCCAGGUGCACCAGAUGGAACACCAGGCACAACAGGUGAAACGAAGAAUCAUGCAAAACUUGGACUCGUUAAAAGAGCAUAUGUAGAUGGAGGAGUAUCAGAAGCAGAAGUAAAAGCAUUUGAUGCAACGACGAUAGCAUUGGAGCUGUAUUUGGAAUUGAAAGAAGAAUGUAAAGCUUUAGAACUAGAUUGCGGUUUUAGAAAGGAUUGUUCGAGUGUUGAAGAUGUUUGCGAAGAAAUAGACACUUUAUGUAAACUGGAACCAUUAGAAAUUAAGCCUCAUCAUACAGAGACGCAAAAAGAAAUCUCAACCACUACGACGACCACUACAACGACCACUACCACGACUACUACCACGACUACUACGACAACAACUACGACAACCAAACCGGGAAGUGGAGGAAAAGUAACAGAAGAGUGUACAAUGAUACAGACGACAGAUACAUGGGUGACGAGUACGUCAUUGCAUACGAGUACGAUAACGAGCACGUC